GCCGCCCAGGGUGUUGCGGUGUCCACGUGGUUCCGUUAGCUAAGAUGGCGUCAGCAGUUAGCCCGACGUCCCUGGAGUCGGCCCCGCGGAUCAUGCGGCUGGUGGCCGAGUGUAGCCGAUCCAGGGCCCGGGCAGGGGAGCUGCGGCUGCCGCACGGGCCGGUAGCCACUCCCGUGUUCAUGCCAGUGGGCACGCAGGCCACUAUGAAGGGCAUCACGGCCGAGCAGCUGGACGCCCUGGGCUGCCGCAUCUGCCUGGGCAACACCUAUCAUCUGGGUCUGAGGCCGGGCCCCGAGCUGAUCCGGAAAGCCCACGGUCUCCACGGCUUCAUGAACUGGCCCCACAAUCUGCUGACGGACAGCGGCGGCUUCCAGAUGGUGUCUCUGGUGUCCCUGUCCGAGGUGACGGAGGAGGGCGUCCGCUUCCGCUCCCCCUACGAUGGUGAGGAGACCCUUCUGAGCCCGGAGAAGUCCGUGGAGAUCCAGAACGCUUUAGGCUCAGACAUCAUCAUGCAACUGGAUGAUGUGGUCAGCAGCACUGUGACGGGGCCACGCGUGGAGGAGGCCAUGUACAGGGCCCUCUUACAGGUCAAUCCGCUGGCUGGACCGAUGCAUUGCAGCCCAUCAGCGGCCAGACAAACAAAACCUCUUUGCCAUCAUCCAGGGUGGGCUAGACGCGGAUCUCCGGGCCACCUGCCUCGAAGGGUCUGCCCUGGUCUGGGCAGGGUCUGCCCUGGGGCUGCAGAGGAGGAGGCGCAUUUUCUUUCGCCCGGUGACUCCUCACCUUGCCCUGUACCCCCAGAGAUGACCAAGAGGGACGUGCCAGGCUUCGCCAUUGGGGGCCUGAGCGGGGGCGAGAGCAAGGGCCAGUUCUGGAGGAUGGUGGCCCUGAGCACCUCAAGGCUGCCUAAGGACAAGCCACGCUACCUGAUGGGGGUCGGCUAUGCCACCGAUCUGGUGGUCUGCGUGGCUCUUGGAUGUGACAUGUUCGACUGCGUCUUCCCCACGCGGACGGCGCGCUUUGGCUCCGCUUUGGUGCCCACUGGGAACCUGCAACUGAAGAAGAAGCAGUAUGAGAAGGACUUCCAGCCCAUAGACUCCAACUGUGCCUGUCCCACCUGCCAGAAGCACAGCCGGGCCUUCCUGCACGCACUUCUGCACAGUGACAACACGGCUGCCCUGCACCACCUCACUGUCCACAACAUCGCCUACCAGCUACAGCUGAUGAGCGCCGUGCGUGCCAGCAUUGUGGAGAAGCGCUUCCCUGACUUCGUACGGGACUUCAUGGGCACCAUGUAUGGGGACCCCACCCUCUGUCCCACCUGGGCCACUGAAGCCCUGGCCUCGUAUAUUUCAGAUUGUUUACACGUCAGAACAUGAAGACUUCCUGUCUUAGAGCUGUUGCACAGUAUUUACUUAACCAGCUCAAUGAAGGGGAUGGAGGGUGUUUCCAGGUUUCCGUCACCGUGGUCAAGGCUCCAGUGCCAAGCCUUGUCGGUUAACUUUUUGCCCACCUCUCUGAGACCAGGGUUUUCGGUCUUGGAGCAGGCAUAUACCAUUGGCCGCUCUGCCACUCCCCUGUUACGGCCUCAUCAGCCCACUUCCCUACCUCCGUUGCAUCUGACUCCUUAUUGGGCUUCUUUCUGGCCAAUCUAUGCCUAGGGGGAUCAAAUCACUUCUUUUCAUAAAAUCCUUCCACCUGUCUCCGGCUUUUUUUCCCACGAGGUCAAGAUCCCUAGAUCCCGGAGCCUCCAACACCGACUGCAGAAUAGUAUCUUUUCAAGGGGAGAGGAUCCACUGAGUUUCAUUGGGUACUCAAAAAGGUCACGAUGCGCUCAAGUCGAAGAGGCAGGGGAACAACGUGCAGGCAGGCGUUAGCCGAAUCAAGUCGGGGCGUGAGCAGAAGGUAAUCCUAGGAAAGGGCACAGCAUUUGCAAAAGCGUGAAGGUGGGACUUUACAGGAAUGAAAAUGAGAGCCAACGAUGCAGCGCUAGACCGCCUCUCCCUAGGAACUACUAACGCCGGACUCCUCUUCAAAGCGCUUUGAAACCCCGCGCGAGGGGCGCCUGGGUGGCUCAGUUGGUUAAGCGACUGCCUUCGGCUCAGGUCAUGAUCCUGGAGUCCCGGGAUCGAGUCCCACAUCAGGCUCCCUGCUCAGCAGGGAGUCUGUUUCUCCCUCUGACCCUCCUCCCUCUCAUGCUCUCUGUCUCUCAUUCUCUCUCUCGCAAAUAAAUAAAAAAAUCUUAAAAAAAAAAAAAAAAAAAA